CCCUUCAGGAGAUGGACGUCACUGUGGCAGUGAACGACACCGUCGGUUCACAGGGGGCACCAAACUGUAAUGAGCUGCUGAGCUGGCUCAAUACAACUUUAAAGGCGGAGUUCACCAAAGUGGAGCAGGUGUGCACAGGCGCAGCAUUUUGCCAGCUGAUGGUCUGGUGCUUUCCCCAGUCGCUGCAGCUCUCCAAGGUCCGGUUCCAAAGCUACAACAAUGCAGACGGUCUUAUCAACUUCAGUAUUCUGCGGGAUGCAUUCAGAAAAGUUGGAGUGCGCAGAUACAUCCCCAUCAAGACGCUGGUGGAGAGGAACUCUCUGGUGUGUCUGGCCUUCCUGCACUGGUUUAAAAAGUUCUUUGAAGAGAACCGAACAGACCAAGAGUACGAUCCCAUAAAGGCCAGAGGUGGACUGAGAUUGCUUCCUGCUGACUCAGGUGGGAGCGGUCACUGUCAAGCUUCCAGGAUGCCUCUCCAGACGUCAAGGGUGAAUAUGAAGAAAUCUCAAGAUGCCAAAACAGCGGAAGUCCAAAGUAAAGAAAAAUCGAAGGAGGGUUUGAACAAGAAUGACGAUGUGAUUGUGUUGAUAUCAGACGAGGACGACGUCUUGGGUGUGACGACAGAGCUGGAAGCAGAGAAAAUGGAGACGACUGUGGAUGGAGAUUGUGCACAGCCGCAGGACGUAAACAGUGGGGAGCAAGCAGCAGCGGUGGUCAGUGGAAAUCAAGGGACUAGUUUUCCGAGUAGAGAUACUUUGCUGUGUUUCGUCCGGAGGUACUGUGAGGACUCCAACAUUAAAGCAAAAACUCACCGUGCCAUGUUGAGUGCAACACACCCCUCAGACAUCAUCCAGGCCUGCUAUCAUACUCCAUACUGCCUUUACCUGUACAUGGGGGUGGAGCUGGGCGAAGGACAGACCACAAGUGUCGUUCUGAUUGGCUACUUUGACCAGAACUUAGAGGUCAGCGUUGUGAGGCCGCUGUUCACUCUGCAGAUGAGUGUGGACACCCCAGCGAACACGGACACCGAGCCUGUCCCGGGCAAAGAAACUGGACAACUGAGCGUUGAUACCCCAACGGACAAGAACACCGAGUCGCUCUCAGGCAAAGAAACCGGAGAAAUGAGCGUUGAUCCUCCAGCGACGACGGAAACUGUCACAGGCAAAGAAACUGGAAACACUGACGCACGCCUUCUGCUUGAUUCCUUAGAGAAAAGUGGCCUUCCUAUUGACUACCUCGCCAUGUUUUAUUGUAACACUCCAAAUCCAAAGCUGAGCCAAGUGUUUGUGUCCAAGCUCCAAACUAUCAACAGUAAGUUUUUAUCACUCUGCGGCCUGUCUGGGAUGGUUGAAAGAGCCUGCGAGGCUGCACUUUUGGCUUCCUUUAGUCCUGCGGUUGACCUGGUUAAAGUCAUCCAUCAUCACCACUCCACUUGCCCUUCAAAUCAGACUCUGAACCAGAUAUUUGCAGGGGCUUAUAACCCGUCCCUUAAUAUCUCUGAACAGUUUAUGUUUAUCAUCAACUCUGUGAAGAGGAUGGUAGAGAAGUGGAGGGCUUUAGUGGAUUAUUUUAAGUCAGCGGGGCAAUCAGAGGAUGCUCGCCAGAUCCGAAACCAACUCAUGGAUCAUAAAGUCAAGCUGCACUUUCUGUUUAUUUCAAGUGCCUUGCAGCCCCUGCUAGCUCUGCACAACAUGCGACAACAGGACAAAGCGGAUGUGGCUACUCAGCUCCAGUUCGCCGCCGUGAUUGUUAGCACCUACACAUCCAGUCUCCUGGAGCCGUCUGCGAGACAGGACUUCCUCAGGGGUCGAGACCUGCAACUUCUCAAUGAUGAAAAGAAGCAGCUCCCCUCGUCGAAGCUCGACGUAGGACCUCAGGCCAGGGAGUUCCUGUGGGCCACUGCGGUCGUGGAUCUCGGGGAGCAGGAGAGGAAGGAGUUCCUGAGAAAUGCAGCGACUUUCUACAAAGUCGCUCUGGAGAGUUUAGUGGAGAGUCUUCCCAAGCAGCUUGGAGACAUGGCACUGAGGAACAUCAGCAUCAUGCUGAAACACCUAGAAGAUCCCAAAGCGUUGUCAGAGCUUGGGCUUCAUCUGGGUUUGUGUGAGCCUGGAUCUCAAGAACAUGAACUCUUAAUAAAGGACUACGUCAGGGUCAUAGAUAUGGUUGAGGACAAGAAGACGAGUGGACCAGGAAAAGACCAAAGCUGGACAAAGAUGUUGCUCUACAUCCAACCGUACUCCAUUCUGAGCAGACUGGUCCUGACCCUCCUGGCGCUGCCGGGCUCUCUACAGCCGGAGGCCGUGUUUGCUAAGGUCGUCGUCAAUAGAGCGCCACGUGAACCACGCAGGAGUGCAGGACGACCCCGCGCCCGCAGAAGGCGAUACAGUCACGCGGGUAAUGGCGACCGGAAGAAAAAAGAAAAAGGUGACGGAGAAUCUUCAUCGGAGGAGGGCGAGAGUUCUCAGACCAAACCGGUCCUGGAGAUUCCUGUCAAACAUCACGCAGAGGACUCCGGCCACACGGACAACUCCUCCGAUGUGGUCGUCGUAGAAGACUUUGAGAAGUGGCCCACCAAAAGAGGGGCGGAGUCAGAAGGUCAGAGGACGCCAGUGGCCGAGACGGUUUACAUCGUGAGCGAGGAAGACGACGACAACGUGGUUUCCAAAAUCAACUCCUCUGAUCCAGCAAAAUAUGUGGGAAUUCUGGUGUGGGGUGUGGUGGACGGUUUCUCCACCUGGCCCGCCAUCAUCGUAGCCUCCGAAGAGAUUCAACCUCCAGGGAAGAGGAUGGUGUGGUGGUACGGACAGAGUAUGUCCACUCAGGUCAGUGUAAAGGAUCUGAAACCAUUCGGUGCCUUCGCUAAGCACUUCUGCUCCAACUCCUUUGCCGUCUUCAUCACCUACAGAGAGGCCAUCUUCAUGUCGCUGCAGGAGGCAGCUCUGCGUUGUAAGAAACGGUUCUCUGCUGAUGUCGCGGACAAAGACGAGCAGCUGAAACACAUGAUGGACUGGGCCUUUGGAGGAUUUCUUCCCGCGGGGCCGGACGGAUUCAAACCAGCUGGUGCCACAAACGGUGAAACUAAGAAGAUGAACCACAAUCCAAAGGUGAAGAAGAAACUCUUCCUGAAAGCGAGUGCUUCUGAUAACUCGGUCAAGUCGUUGUCCUCCUCGAUGAGCAGCAAGAGCGGCAACACCCCGGAGCUCAAAAAAGACAAUAACAGAUCCUCCACGUCCGCCCACAAACGCACCGGCGGAGGGAGUAAAACUGCGGGGGAAGAAGAAUUAGAUUCUGCAGGACAGGGCGCUAAAGGAGUCCUGAAGAAGAAGAAGAAAUCCAGAGGAGAAUUAUCAGCGCAACGGGGCGGCUGGGGACGAGGAGGGAAGGUCCAACAGAAGAAAAUCAGCCUGUUGGAUGGGUUAGAUACCAACAUGUCACCGGACUUUGUGCCCAACAAGAAGAGGACGCUCACCAAAACGUGCAACAAGGUGGACCGAACGACCAGCGUCUACACGCAGCCGGACCAGAAGUUCAGAGAGUCGACCAUUCAGGAAAUCAUGAAAUUGAACCAGGACAUCGAAGGCUUUUGUUUGUGUUGCACCACUAAAGACGUGGAGAUAUCCCAUCCUCUGUUCCAAGGCAGCCUCUGCUCCAAGUGUAAAAACAACUUAACAGAGACUCUGUACCGUUAUGAUGAAGACGGGUAUCAGUCGUACUGCACCAUCUGCUGCUAUGGACUGGAGGUCAUUCUGUGUGGUAACAACAGCUGCAGCAGGUCUUACUGCACCGACUGUCUGAACAUCCUCGUCGGCCCCGGGACGUUCGACGAGCUGAAGGAAAAGGACCCGUGGAUCUGUUACCUGUGUCUGCCUCGCAAACCCCACGGUGCUCUGAUCCCCCGAGAGGACUGGAGCAUCCGUGUGCAGGAGUUAUUCGCCAACAACAGCGCCAUGGCAUUUGAGCCUCACCGCGUUUACCCGUCUAUCCCCGCCGACUGUCGCAGACCGAUUCGAGUUCUGUCGCUGUUCGAUGGCAUAGCAACAGGCUACUUUGUGCUGCAAGAGCUCGGCUUCCAAGUAGAGAAGUAUGUCGCCUCAGAGAUCUGCGAGGACUCAUUAGCAGUGGCGGAGGUCAACCAUGACAGGAAGAUCGUCCACGUGGGAGACGCCCGCUUCAUCAGCGAGAAACACCUCGAGAAGUGGGGCCCUUUCGACAUGCUGAUCGGUGGCAGCCCCUGCAACGACCUCUCCAUCGUCAACCCGUACAGAAAAGGACUUUACGAGGGCACCGGCAGACUGUUCUUCGAGUUCUACCGAAUCCUCCAGCUGCUGAAGCCCAAAGAGGAAGACCCCAGGCCGUUCUUCUGGCUAUUUGAAAAUGUUGUAUUCAUGAACACCCACGACAAAGUCAACAUCUGCCGCUUCCUCGAGUCUAACCCGGUGCUGGUGGACGCGGUCAAUGUCAGCCCUGCACACAGAGCGCGUUGCUUCUGGGGGAACAUCCCCGGGAUGAGCAGGCCGAUCAUAGCGUCCCAAAGUGACAAGCUGACUCUGCAGGACUGUCUGGAGAUCGGCAGAGAGGCCCGGGUCACGAAGGUGAGGACGAUCACCACCAACAGAAACUCUCUGAAGCAGGGCAAAGACGUCUCUCUGCUGCCCGUCCUCUAUAACGGCCGGGAGGACAACCUCUGGAUCACAGAGCUCGAGAAAAUCUUUGGUUUUCCAAAACAUUACACCGAUGUGAGGGACAUGAACCGACUGCAGAGGCAGAAGGUGCUGGGGAAGGCGUGGAGCGUGCCCGUCAUCCGUCACCUCUUUGCUCCUUUGAAGGACUAUUUUGCCUGUAAGGAGCUGCCUCCCAUAACCACAUCCUCCAACUCCUCCCCCUCCCCCUCCCCAUCCUCUCCAGAACUGCAGCAGCUGAGAUGAAGUGUGUGUGUGUGUGUGUGUGUGUGUGUGUGUGUGUGUGUGUGUGUGUGUGUGUGUGUGUGUGUGUGUGUGUGUGUGUGUGUGUGUGUGUGUGUGUGUGUGUGUGUGUGUGUGUGUGUGUGUGUGUGUGUGUGUGUGUGUGUGUGUGUGUGGUUUUUUUUACUCA